CGCGUGCAUAUAAGCCGGUAAAGGCCACGAUCAUUACCAGUCGGUCGUGGUUGCGCUGCGCGCGAGAAUACUCGUCCAUUUUGAAUUUAUUUAUUUUUUAUUUUUUUACUUUUUAAUAACCGCCGCAAUGGCAUCCGCCGUGAUUAAGUUCAGUGCCAUGUUGAUGCUCGUCGCCGUGUGUGCUGCUGAUGUCUCCGAGCUCGCUGAAGCCAAAGGUUCCGUGGACGCGCAGCCCGUCACAGAUGUGUGCCUGGGCUGCAUCUGCCAGGCCGUGUCCGGCUGCAAGCUGGGCACGCAGUGCGAGGGGGACCAUUGUGGACUGUUCCACAUCACGUGGCCGUACUGGGCGGACGCUGGCAAGCUGACCAUCAACCAGCUGCCUGUUGACCAUCCUGACGCGUAUUCCAGCUGCGCGAAUGACCCGCACUGCGCAGCCGCCACCGUCCAAGGUUACAUGAGGAAAUUCGCCCAGGACUGCAACGGUGACGGCGUGGUGGACUGCUACGACUACAUGGCGAUCCACAAAAAGGGGGGUUACGGGUGCGCCGGCGACCUGCCCUUCGGCUACGUCAAUACUUUCAACCAGUGUCUAGCCAUCGUCGCACAUCAGCAGGGUUAAAGACGUAUACUUACAUGGCAGGAGAGUUAUGUGACGUUUCAAAAAAAUGAUAUACAGGCUCCCAAACCCGCUAAUAACUUUGGUUGGAUCGCAAUUGAAUGUCGAUUGUUUCGGUGGUUGCAAGUUUCUCUUCAAAAGUAGUUGUUUUGACAAUGACCGCGUUUUUUAUCUAUUUGAAUUGAAAUUUUAGACGUAGUUCAGUUUUGGUUUGAUCCAAGAAUCUGUCAAACUGUUUCUUCAAAGGACUCACGGUACAAUACACCGUGAGUAUUUUGAAGAACUGGCCUCCAAUUGCGCUAAUAAUUUUUGCUGGAAAUCGUUCCAAGUUAUGUUCAAGUUUCGAAGCGAAACUUUAUCCGAAACAGUAAAAUAAAUGUUUAACCGAUCGAGGUUCAAUUGCGAUUCAGCUGAAGUCAUGUGAUUGGGGGACUAAUUUGUCUCCAAGGGCCUACUAGUGUGUCUUGAAUGAAAUGUUAUUGUCUUAUAAAACCCGCAUGUACUCCGUUGUAGAGUAGACUUUGUCUAACUCAUAAAGUAGCCAACUUCUCUGUCACUGAUUGUUAUUAAUAGUAUACAUAAUACAUAGCUCAGUAAUUCGCAAUACAACUAUUUAUUAUUAAGACAAAUUGAACUUUAAUCGAUAAAAAUAUCUCGUCUUUUUUUGUUCAGAAUUCUCCCACUGGCAAACAUAAUUAACAAACUAGUCUUUAGAUCCUUAAAACAAUGUGAAAUUAAAAUACGAAAAUGCUCAACAUUAUUUAAGUAAUUAGGAAAUAAUUAUGUAAUAUCGUUCAAUUAUAAAGACUUAUUAAUUAAGUAUAACUUGUUUGUUUUAUUGUUUUAUAAACUUGCCUGUCUAACAGCUUGAUUGUACGAAUGAGAGUCAUGCCACAUUGCUCAGUCGCGCUCCGCUAUUUUUUAUUGAAGUUGUAUAGAUUUUCGAAGCACGUCAAUAUGGAAAACAACGAAUUGAAAACAAAUAAAAUUUCUUUUCUUCCAGUGUUUCUGCUGGGUUUUCAA